AUGGAGACUAGACUCUGUGAAAAUGCGGAGGCCGGUAGGACUUGGGCAGUUCGUCGUUCUAAUUGCACUGUUUUUGAAGUAUUUGCUGAUUAUUCUGUGAUGGUUGAUCUCGAGCAAAGGACUUGUUCUUGCCGUCUUUGGCAAAUUGACGGUUUUCCUUGCACACAUGCGGUGGCUGCAAUCCUAGCAAAGAGAGAUUCAGUUUAUGAUUACAUGGAGUGUUACUACAAAACCGACUUCUUUCGAAAAGCCUAUGAGAGUCCUAUUUUUCCUAUUCCAGAUAUUGGGAAAGGAUUGGGCAGCAAUGGUUCUGCAGCUGGAGUUGUGCUUCUGCCAAUUACAAAGAGGCCACCCGGAAGACCACCAACAAAGAGGAUCAAAGUUUUGGGUGAAUUUAAAAGGUCAUUGAAAUGCAGUCGGUGCAGUGUUGCUGGGCACAAUAGGAAGACUUGCAAGGCUAUUAUAUGA